AGAGAUAUGCUUACAUCAUCGAAAUGGCCUAAACAACAAUUUUGACCGCACAUUCUGGAAACAUCUUACCUGCCCAUCAACGUUAUUGCUUUUAUGAUAUGGCAAAAAAUGCUUCGUUCUGUUCUUAAGGUAGUCCUUAUUUUAUUAUUCAUCAAUAUUGGCAUUGAUUAUGUUAAUCCUCAUACUGACGACGAGGACGCAACUACAGAAGAAAUCCCACAAACUCAAGUUAGUCAUUGCUAUCGGAAUAAUCGAGAGUCUUUGACAUUGGUGAGCACUCUUGAUGGGAGGUUUGUAGCACUAGACUCAAAUUCUGGCAAAAUAAUUUGGAGUCUAAAGGAGUCAUCAGGGCCGUUGCUCUCCUCAAGCCUUAGUUCUGUCAAGCACGAAGAAGACCGUAUGAAGCUUAGGUAUGUGCCUUCAUUGAGUGGUGGGAUUUUCCAGAUUGAAAAGGAUAAAAUAGAGGCUGUUCCAUUCUCAGCAGAUAUAUUGCUUGGAAAAUUCCAGAAGUUGCCAGAUGGAACCGAUAUAGUGGGUGGAAAAGAUAUCAAAAGUUUUGGUAUUGAUGCAGAGACAGGAAAUGUACUUUAUGAGUGCAAUAUAAAUGGCUGCAAACCUGUUGCUAAUAGAUGGCAUUUGUCAGAAAGAGAUAUUUUUGUUAUUAGAAGAACUCAGAAAGUAGUUCGGGCUGUUGAUUUGAAGACUGGUGAGGAAAGGUGGAAUUUUUCAGUUGGGAAUUUUGAUGUCAGUUAUCUAGACUCGCCUGGCCACCAGCAAAGCUGUGAGAAAUAUUCAGAAAAUUCAAAUUUAAAAAUGAAAUUCAAUGUAGCAAAAGGACUUUUGGAGGCAUUUAGACAAAACAGUGAGACUGAUGUUGAGUGGAGUUUCAGAUUUGACUCACCAAUAGCAGACGUCUGGAAGCUUGAUAAUAAAGUCAUUAAACCAGUGGAUAUAUUAAGAUAUGGGUUAUUGAAAGACAUGAUGGAUAAUGAAAUAUCAAGGGAACCAAUCCUGUACCUUGGCGUAUACGAAGGUCAAAUGUAUGCACAGUCAUUGCAGUUCAAUAUGCCCCAAAGGCUACCAAAAGAUCCUUCAUUAGAUCACGAAGGAGCUUCAAAUUCAAAUGAAGUGUCAUUGUUUGGACAACCUUAUCUUGGUACUUGGCGACCAUACAUUGGAAGUUCACCAUCUAGAACACCCUCUCUCAUGAACAAGAAUGGCUUAACAGUUUGGAACCAGCUUGACUACCCUUUCGAUAAUGGCUUCUGCAUGAUUGCAUUAAAAAGAAUCACAGCCCUUAAGAAGUUGGAAAAGAAAGAGCAACCAGAAAAAACAAACAAAAGUGUGAUAGAAGAUCCAUAUACUUACGACUUUGUACCAGUCUCUCUGUUCGAAAGAUGGAGAGAGAUCUUAUUGCUUGCCGUAUUAAUUUCCAUAUUUUUACAAUACACAAUCUUCAAAUUUAUCAGAAGGAGAUACAAGAUGUUAGAAGAAACACAGGAAGACGACCUGCCAAAAGAAGGCGAAAUCAAGAGGGUUAGAUCGGUAACAGCAUCCGUUUCAACUUCGACUGAUCCACCCCAGGAAAGCCUUGAGAAUGUCAUCCAAACCAUUGCUUCUAUAAAUGACUUUUCCUCAAGAUAUCUUGUUGAUUUCGACCAUAUUGAGUGCAUUGGAAAAGGUGGCUUUGGGGUGGUUUUUAAAGCAAGGAACAAAAUCGAUGACUGUGAAUAUGCAGUAAAGAGAAUCUAUCUGCCUAAUUGCAAUGAAGCAAAAGAAAAGGUUACUAGAGAAGUAAAAGCAUUGGCCCAGCUCGACUACCCUGGGAUUGUUCGCUUCUUUUACUCUUGGUGGGAGUCGCCUCCCACAGGCUGGCAGGAAACUAUAGACAGAAAUCACCUCAUGUCAAAUAUCCCAGGAGCGCCGGUCAUUGGUCUUUCGAAAGAAUGGUACAUACAUAUUCAAACUGACGAAGAAGAUACAUUCGAUGAAGAGGAUAGUGGAUUAACGUUAAAAAGAAGAAGAAACAAAAGUACCAAGUCAUCAAACUCGAUGACGUCAUCUAAAAGCAUUGGAGAUGACCCUUUUGGGAGGAGGUCUUUUAAUGACUCAUUCGGCAUUGAUGAUGCAGAACUAUUAAAGGUCGAUUUGUUAAAAAAUAACGAUGUAUUUCACGAGGAAACAUCUCAGGAUGAUUCUUUUAACAUUGAAUUUAAAAAUGAAAAUCAUACAGACAACGGAUUUGUUGAUUCAAGUGAAGAAGAAAAGGAAAUAGAAGAUAUUUCUAUAGAAUUUAAUGACGAUUCUUCGACGGGAUUGGAUUUUUCUCGGAGUAAAUCCGACAAAGGCACACAGUCAGUAGCUAAUGUUGGCAGCUCUAAAGGAAAACUGCUGAAAUCUAGAUUAUCGACGAAGCUUGUGGGACGUUGUUGUUGUAAGUCAGAGGAAUGUAUCAGGGCUCCUCCGCUAUAUCUGUAUAUACAAAUGCAGCUAUGUAUGAGCAGUACUUUGAAAGAUUGGCUGAAUGAGAAUAUAACAGAAAGGCAGCGCAAAUAUAUAAUGGGGAUCUUCGAGCAAAUAUUACGUGCUGUUGAGUACUGUCAUAGACAAGGGAUGAUGCAUAGAGAUCUGAAGCCAUCAAACAUUUUCUUCGCAAAAGACGGAUCAAUUAAAAUUGGGGAUUUUGGGCUCGUUACAGCCAUAACAAGACCGUCAGAAGGCAAAGGUGUUGGCCAACCAGCUAUAGAUGAAAAUCACACUGGCAAUGUCGGUACUCAGCUUUACAUGAGCCCAGAACAGAUUAAAGGCGAUUCCUACAACCAUAAAGUCGACAUAUACGCACUUGGUCUGAUAUUGUUUGAAUUGCUGGUGCCAUUUUCCACCCAGAUGGAGAGAAUAAAAAGUUUAUUCGAAGUAAAACAGCACACGUUGCCGAAUCGAUUUGAAGAAAAAUAUUCAACAGAAGCAAAAAUAUUGCGAUGGCUCUUAUCUGAAGAUCCUGAUGGGCGCCCAGAGGCAACAGAUUUUAGAAGGAGUGAAUUGUUUAAAAACAUUUGUAUUGACACUGAUUUUUCGGCAGACUAACAUUGCCAUUUGUCAUAAAGCUCGGUGUGUUUUUUUCUAAAGUAUUACGAAUGGAACUAUUCAACGAGGGUCUCGAGAAAACGGAAAAUGAGCUCACGCAAAUAGCACAGCACUGCACGUCUUUGUUUAAAACAUGUUUUUCGUAUUACUCUCACCAUUUCUAAGAUAGCCCAAUUAAAUGAAAUCUGUUUAUGAUACAAAGACAUAUGCUUAGUUGUAUAUGAUACAAAAUUUUAACAAAUGACUUAAAGAGACCAU